AUGGCCCAAGAAUUCAACUUCAAGCUUGAUAUCGGGCUCGCUCUCCGCACCUUUCUCUAUUCUCAGUUCCUGGACACACCCCCUUAUCCGACAAAGUCGUUCUCCGACCAGGUCAUCAUCGUCACCGGCUCCAAUGUUGGUCUGGGAUUUGAGGCAGCCCGACACUUCUACCGCCUCAACUGUGCGAAACUCAUUCUCGCUGUGCGUACAAUCUCCAAGGGCGAGACUGCGAAAGAAGAUAUUGUCCGAAGUGUGAGACACCGCUCUGAUGGUGCAGAAGCGAUCGAUGUCUGGCCCCUGGACCUUUCGAGCACAGAGAGCACCUUAGCGUUCGCUGAUCGCGUGAAGAAAGAACUGCCGCGUGUCGAUGCUGUUGUGGAGAAUGCCGGCAUCAACAAUCAAAGCUGGGUGGUCUCCGAAGGGUUCGAGCAAACCAUCCAAGUCAAUGUCGUCAACACUCUCCUGCUCGGCAUGUCGGUGCUGCCCAAGCUGAGAGAGACGAAGCGCCAAUUUCCCGACUCCAGCCCUCACUUGGAGAUUGUCAGUUCUGAGGCUCACCACUUUACCAGUUUCAAAGAAGUCAAUGCCCGAGACAUUUACGCCACUCUGAAUGACGAGAAGAGUUCCGAUAUGCUGGCCAGAUACCCAGUCAGCAAGCUCAUUGGCAUCCUGUUUAUCCGUGAACUCGUUCUGCGCCUCCAAGAGCACGACAGAUCCAGCACUGUGACGGCGUCGCCGGUUACUAUCACCUUGGUCAAUCCGGGCUUAUGCAUGUCUGACUUGGAUAGAAAUGUGAUACUUGCUGGCCGAAUCUUGAUGUAUAUCGUGCGCUUGCUGCUUGGAAGAUCAACGGAAGUGGGUUCGCGGACGCUGGUAUACGGUGCUUGCGCCGGGCCCGACUCUCAUGGAGCCUUCAUGUCGGAUGGGAAAAACCAAGAGGUUGAGAAAUGGAUCUAUUCGGACCUGGGCAAGAAGGCGCAAUCCAAGGUGUUUGAGCAGACAAUGAAAGUGUUGGAGGCGAGGAGGCCGGGUAUCGGCGUGGAAGUCGGGUUGUCAGCCUGA